AUGACCUCUGCGGAAAGGAAAAGGCUCCGUGAUCGCCGCGCACAGCAGAAACUCCGCGAGAAAAGAGACAAUCAAAUAAAACUACUGGAAGACCAAGUCUCCUAUUGUAAGCAGAACCAUGGUUCAAUCGCCGUCAGCGUCCUGGUCGGAAAAAUCCAUACCCUCGAGCUGGAGAAUCGCUUUCUGCAAAGACAACAAGAGACGAUGAUGGGUUUAGCUGGUUCGCUACAAAGGACAGCCAACCAAAUGGUAACCUCAAUGCACCAAACCCCCCCAGCAAGCGUGGUCGAUACGACUCUCAGCUACGACGAUCAGAUGGCUCCGUCAUUACAUGGCGGUACCAGGUCCACCGAACCUGGAUGUCUGCAGAUAUCGGGCAUACUGUGCACAUCAGAUGUGGCAGCCACAGGGACCAUGAGAAGCGCGGAUAAAUCACAACAGGGACCUGACGGCCAGUCUCUACCAGGGGAAGUUCCCUUCCCCGGAAGUCCAGAUUCAACAAGAAUACUCCAGAGCUCAUCAGAUGCUCUGUGCACUUUGACCGGUAAUCUCGACUCUGGUCGAUAUUGGGUUCCUCCAUCUGAUCAUCCACCCCAUCCGUUUCUGACAGAAUUCGACAAUUCUCCACAGGAUUGCGACGAGUCUACAGCAGGAACAGGUCUCAAGGAGGCAUCGCGACCGUCGCAUUCAAGGCCGUCGCAGCAGAUGCCGCGAAGCAGUAUCAGGCUGCCUCCUCCAAACCAUUCACGGAGUCGGGCGUGCAAUCACUCUGACUCGAGUCUGUCAUUUGCCGAUUCUCAAACACCGUCUCUCCCCAGAUGGUCGCUGACCCCGAAUAACACAUCAGGAGACCCGCUGAGUAAAGCGUCGAGCCCCUGGUUCGAUUCUCCCAGCGCGGUGGCGGCCUCUCCGGAAGAGCCCGAGCCACUUGACCUCCUGUUCGGAUCGCGCCAGAACUUCCUCGCCAACUCGAUUCAUACGGCGCUGCGGAAAUCACGUGUGGCCGAACCGGAGCGCCUGGCAAUCGGCUGGCUGCUCUACGUCUUCAGCAAAUGGAGGGUACACCCAACCCCGGAGAGCUUCGCGCGAAUCCCCCCCUUCUUGUGGCCGAUUCCGGAACAAAUACAACAAGCGCACCCGGUCAACCUCGACAUGAUCCUGUGGCCCGCUCUCCGGCUCAAUCUCAUCAGGAUGGCCGACAUCACCCAACUCCCCAACAUCUUCGACAUGAUGUCCUGCUGCCUCAAAGUGCGCUGGCCAUGGGGUCAGGAGAUCUUAGAGGCGAGCGAGAACGACGGGUUGAAGAUGCGCGACGAGUUUUACAAGGUCUUCAGCCGCGUCGAGGGCUGGGGCCUGACGCCAGAGUUUAUUAACGCGUAUCCGAAUCUUCUGGACGGUCUCCCUGUUGACUCGGUCACGUACACGGUUUGA